AUGAAAAAGCAAACAAAAGGGGAGCCAGAUCUUUUGAUUGAAUCAAUGCAAAAACUCAUUGAGUAAAUUUACUUAUUUUAUUAGUAAGUCAUAUGAAUGAUAGUAAAUAACAUUAGGAGGAAAUAUUUCAAUCGCUUACACCUACAGAUGUUCAAAAAAUACUUACAAAUUUUGAAGAUAAAAACUAAGUAAUGCGAAAAACAUCAGCAGCAUUUUUAUGUGAACUUGUAUUCGAUAACCCUACAGUUUAAAAAGGGUUUUGUGAGAUUUCAAAUAUUCUACCUAUGGAUGGAAAAGUAAAAAUUGAUAUAAUUAGAUUUGCGUAAACAAAAUUCCAUAAUCGCUAUUGAAUUAGUCAAAGCAUUUACCUGAAAUCUUUGAGACAAUUAAAACUGCAUAAAUUCCAUUUGAUACUGAUUUAAAUUAUCCUUUAUGUUGGUAUUUUGAAAAUUAGAGAGAUAAAGUGUGGAAGAAGGGAGUCAAGUUUAUUAAAUUUGAAAAAAGCAACAACAAUGCAAAGGCUAGAAUAGAGAAGUUUAUUGAUCCGUAGUUGCAUCUAUUUGGUUUUAUAAUAGCAAAUAAAAAGGAUAUAUAAUCAUAAGAAGAAAUAAAGAAAGUUACAAUAUAAACUAGAUAAUUGUAGAGUGUGUCCACUUACGAAUAGAAUGUUAAAAGAAUACCAAAUGUUUAAAAAAUGAGACCAAAUUCAGGGCAAUCUCCAAUUUAAUCAGUAAGUCCUUUAAUCAAAAGAUAAAGAGUAAUGAAUGCGUCUGUAGAUUAUGAUACAAGUGGAACAAAAUCAUCUCUUGGAAAAACAAUGAUAGAAACAGAAUAAUUACAAACAAUAAAUGAAAUAGAUAGGCCAAAAUCAAAAUUAGAGAGUAAGANGCCAAUAAAGUUUUAAAUAUAUAAUAAACAUUCAUUAUUAUUAUUAUAUUAACAUUCUCUAAUGGCGUUUAAAUUAUAAAGCAUUCUAUAACAUAUAAUGAUUCCUGUCAUAAUUUACAGGCUUAUUGAAGCAAUAUUUAUUUAUUAAAACAUUGAUAAUGUGUCUCUAUUAAAGGUGAUUUGA